AAUCGAACCCGGACUAAACUGAGAUCAUUAUCUCGUUUUCAAUCUGGAAACGUAGAGAACCUCUGCUUUCAUCCUCCAUCUCCAUAAUUCUCAUGAUCGGAACCAGACAGGACAAGCGAGGUCUUGCAUUCUAGUUCUGUGGUUCUGUGUGGGUCCAAGUCACGGGUGAGCGGAGUUGUGGAUGGUCAAUUCGCCUCAUGCAGUUCUCCUCCCCUUUGUAAGCGCUGUAGGAUUGGAGAGCCAGCGACCGCCUUACCAGGUGCUUGCCUGGUCGGCGGUGCAACCUAGUGUUGCACACAAUCCUGGAAGGAUAAUUAGAGCGGACAUACGCUUCCGCUGCAGAGCCCGUUGGGUCCUUACGACAAGACGCCGUUCCUCGGCGUUGCUUCAACCCAACGAUGGAGACGACCCGGCGGAAGAGCUGUCUUCGGAUUGACUCUGCGCUUAGCAGAUGGCUACGGUUACUAGCUCUUCUUAUUCUGAUUUCUGGAGCCUCGGCUCAAACCAUUGUUCUAACGCCGGAUAGCACUUCGGUCGAGCAUCCGGGCGGCACUAUAUUUAGCCUGCAGCUCUCUACCAAUAUUGGAGCAACAUUCUCACUGUCGCUUCUUGUCACACCGGCAGGCGUAGAUACAAUUGGUCUCUUUGACAUAACACCCGGCAGCGUGCUGAGGUCCACACGUGAGCUCCAUACUCAAGCAGGCGGCUCCAACGCGUUAUACGUUGUGUCAGUGACUGCAGCAGCCACCGGUGGUGGUAGCGUGGUCACAAACGUGUACACCAUUAUCGUUGUUGCAAACGAUAAAGGUAUUCCGUAUUUCGUCAACGAAAAUUCUCCGGACGGCUACGUUGCGAGUGUGCACGAGGAUGCCAUCGCUGGAACUGUGGUGCUGAACAUUGUUGCACUAGUACCUGGUGGCGCUACCCCGAUAUUGCGGGUAUCGCCACCAAAUCCUAUCUUCAGUAUGUCUGCUCAGUCACUGAUUGUUGCAACUGCUAGUAUCGACCGUGAGACCAAAGACUUCUACAAUCUGACCCUUGAGGCGCAGAACGGGAUGGAGUUCAAUCGCACUCAGAUCUUGAUCACCGUCUUGGAUGUGAAUGACAACACUCCACGCGUUGUGCCAGGGCAACUUGGCUAUCUGUACGCACAUGACCCACGGGGGUCUGAAGUCAUGACCGUUUCGGCUACUGAUCGGGACAUUGGCGACAACAGUCGACUAAACUUCAGCAUAAUUUCCAGCCAGGUCCCGGGUGCGUUCAGGAUUGACACAUUCACUGGAGCAGUGUACACAACCGUGGAAGCCAGCACAUUGCCCUCAAAUGUUUCCCUAACUAUUGGAGUUGCUGACAACGGAGUGCCAAGCAGGAACAGCAGCGAUGUUGUUCUUAUUGAUGUACUGGUGGCAAACAACUCAGCGCCAGAGUUUGUCAAUUCAUCGUAUCGUGCCAAUGUGUUUGAGAACACACCAAUUUCAACUGUAUUGCUAACUGUGAAUGCAACCGAUCCUGAUCCUAAUGAAGCUGGCGAUGUGCUAUACUCGCUAUCAGCCGUCCCAACUACUAGCGGUGGCACUGCUAUCUUUUCCAUUGACCAAGACUCAGGAGCCAUCUCUCUUGACGUGACAGUCGACUUUGAGAGUCAACAGAUGUAUCAAUUCAACGUCACCGCUACAGAUCGACAUCGCCGAAAGCCCCUUUCUGCCAUGACUACUGUUGAUAUCACAGUAAAGGAUCGCAAUGACAAUUCGCCUGUUGCAGUGCCUAGCAGCUAUCAAAUACAAGUGGGAGAGGACGCAAGCACCAACCAGCUGGUUGUCGACUUGGGUAUGGCUGUAACAGACAGAGACUCUGGAGUCAACAAAGAUAUUCUUUUCCACUUCUAUGAACCCAUUGACCCCCUGUUCAGUAUGGACUCACUGUCAGGUAUCAUCACCGUCAAUCGGACUCUCUCCAGUAAAACGCAGCCUGUUCAUGUCCUGUGGGUAUAUGCUGAAGAUGGCGGUGUUCCACCUCGUCGUGCCAAUAUCACUGUCACUGUAACUGUUCAGGAAGUGAAUGAUUUUGUCCCACAGAUCAACAUCGGGUCAUCCAUUGACAUGUUUGAGACCAAUGGCACGACUGUGGGACUGCCAUUCUUGCAGAUCAAUAUCACCGAUGGAGACGGUGGCCCAUCUGGCAAUGUUUCAAUGUCAGUAGAUGACGGCGGGCUGGGUCUGUUCGCAGUGCAACCAUACCAACAUGGCCUCUAUUACACACGACCACUGGAUUACGAGUCUGCCCAUGUUCGCUCGUGGGUUAUUACCCUGACUGCCACCGACGCUGGCAUACCAGCAAAGAGCAGCAGCAAGAACGUGACCAUCAAUCUACUGGACUGGAAUGAGUAUGCACCGGUGUUCACCAGUCCCGAGUACAUUGGCGGCGUGGACCUGUCCACCACUACGCCAGCAGGCACAGCACUCGUGCAAGUGUCCGCCACUGAUGCCGAUGGUCUGUACAACGCUGUGCGCUAUGCAAUCACUGCUGGCCAGAACAACACGGAGUUUGUCAUCGACCCAGCCACCGGUGUGAUAGCCAACGGCGGAUUUGACAUUCUCGUGACAAAGAACUUCACGUUGACAGUCUCCGCUACUGAUAACGGCAUCCCAUUUGAGCGCAACAGUUCCGUUGAGGUCACGAUCAGGGUGCUGCGAAGUGAGAAUGUAAACAACCCGGUGUUUGUGGCAGCCAUCUUCAACAUCUCCAUCAACGAGACCGCACCAAUCGGCACUGAGGUCGUACAGGUCAACGCCACUGACAAGGACCGCGGUGCUGCCGGUAUGGUCUACUUUGUGCAGCAGACUGCCCUGUCAGAGUUUGCGGUGGACGCCAACACGGGCAUUGUAUCUACAAAGGUUAUCUUCGACUAUGACGCUGGCCCGCGAGUCUACUAUAUCAUCAUUCAGGCCCGGGAUCAAGGAAAUUUCCGUGCACGGACGUCGCCCAUUCCUGCGUCGAUUGAAGUCCACAUCAUCAACAACAAUGACCAUGCUCCUCAGUUUUUGUUAGCUCCUUAUAGUGGUACUGUACGAGAAAAUUCACCCGUCAAUUUCACCCUGCCAACCAGGGUACUUGCAACUGACAGCGACGGCCCAGGACAUCCCUCAGGUGUAGUGCGCUACUCAAUAGCAAGUAAUCCUGGCAGUACAGACUUCAGAAUUAAUCCUGUGACUGGUGAAUUGUCGGUUGACCAGAGCUUGGAUUUUGAAAGACAGAAACUGUACUCACUGACGAUAGUGGCAACCGAUGGUGCAUCUACCCCUAUGGAUGCAACGGCCAGCUACAUCAUUACCGUGGAGGAUGUUAACGACAAUGCACCCAUAUUCUAUGCGCCACUGGACAAGUCCGUUGUACUGAACGAGGAGGAGCCCGCUGGCUAUGUGCUCACCACGGUGUAUGCCAAUGACACAGACUCAGGCCUGAAUGGCAGGGCAACAUACAGCGUGGAUGCCAAACUGUUCAAUGUUUUUGCGGUGGGCGCCACAACUGGCGUAGUGACAACGGCAGUCCCAUUGGAUCGUGAGAGUGGCCCGAGCUUCUACAACCUGACCGUAUUUGCCCGCGACAGCGGCUCUCCGCAAAUAGGAGCCAUGAUCUUCAUCGAAAUUACCGUUGUGGACAUUAACGAUGUUAGUCCGAAGUUCUCUCAGAGCUCCUAUGAUGCACGCAUCCCAGAGGAUCUACCAGACGGUACGCUUGUGGGACAGGUAACAGCAACUGAUGGAGAUGCCGACCCUGCCAAUACAAUCAUCGUCUAUUCGAUUGCUGGUGGUUCUGGCAUGAACCUAUUCACCGUCAAUGCUAGCAGCGGCGAAAUCUUUAAGCAGGGAGUUCUAGACUUUGAGAGAGUUAAGAAUUACACGAUUGUGAUCAAUGCCACGAACGGUAUGCUUGUGGACCAAGCCAAUGUUGUUAUUCAGCUGCUGGACGUUAAUGAUAACUUCCCGUACUUCAACCAGUCUCAGUAUCAUGCAUCUGUGUCGGAGCUUGCCACGGUCGGCACACGCCUUGUGCAGCUGUACGUGCUCGAUCCCGACACGCUAGUCGACAGGAUUGGUGUGAGCUACACGCUGACAACCUCCGGGGUGCCAUUCGCCGUGGGGCUCGAAUCCGGUGUUGUCACCGUCAACGGCAAGCUGGACUAUGAUGAGGGUGCAAUAGUGUACUCGCUCUCCGUCAGCUGUCACCCGCGCAACAACCUCCCUAUCACCUACAACACUACCACGGUGACGAUUUCCCUGCUGCCGGAGAAUGACCACUCUCCAAUCAUUCAACCCAACUAUCUGAUAUACAGUAUUCUUGAGAAUCAGCCAGCAACUACCAUAGUGCAGUAUAAUCUUACAGAUGGGGACCGCCCGCCCCAGAACGUCACUUACAAGAUAGUGUCCUCCAUUAGUGUUGGUGUGCCAAAGUCCACCCUGGAUGCAUCAUUCAGCCUAACUGAAACCACAGGUGUUCUAUCCACCACUGGCCCGCUGGAUCGAGAAGUGUUCAGGGGAACGACCUACCUGACCGUGCAAGUCAUUGAUGAUAGUGCAGAGAAGAAGACUGGUGGUGCUGCUGUGCAAAUUACCGUCACUGAUCUUCAUGACGUUGCUCCUGAGUUUACAAAAGCAACCUAUUACUUCUCUGUCAAUGAAAAUGCCAGUCCUUUGGACUUAAUUGGGUUCGUCGAUGCUACCGACGAGGAUCUCUCUGCCACUUGGACAUUCAGUAUAGCUGACCCCAGUGCCAGUGCAUAUUUCGCAGUUGGUAAAUACAACGGUCGUGUCACACUUACAAAUGUGCUCAAUCGUGAAAUGGCAGACAGCUGGGUUUUCAAUGUCAGUGCGACAGAUAAUAGUGGCCUGUUUUCCACUGCCGUUGUCAACAUCACUGUAUUGGACUACAAUGACCUGCAUCCAAUGUUUGUCAAUGCGAGCCAGUACUGGGCAUUGGUGCCGGAAGAUUCCUCCGUUAACGUUCCAAUUGGCAUUCAGCUUCGAGCAGUUGAUGGUGAUAUUGGUCCGAAUGCUCAGUUCAGGUUUUCUAUCUCAGGUGGGGUAGGCCUAGGCGAUUUCUCUGUCGACCCUGUCUCUGGCAUAAUGUCAGUGCAGGGUAGUCUGGAUCGUGAGAACCAAGCGUUCUACUACCUUCAAGUGACAGUGACUGAUCUUGGUGUUCCAGCUCUGAACACCUCCACCACGGUCAAUAUUACAAUAGUCGAUCGUAAUGACAACACUCCCACGAUGAACCAGACAGCCUACUUUGGCUACAUCAAUGAAAACUCCGGGCUGGGUACACCAGUGUCAUUAGAUGCUGCCAAGAGCUUGGUAGUAGCAGCAUGGGACAGUGAUCAGUUGGGCAACCCAAACAGUGACCUUCGCUUUCAGAUUGACUCGCCGCUGCCAGUGCCAUUCGACGUGAACAGCACCACCGGCUUGAUCUACGCCGUCGGUCUCCUGGACCGUGAAGCACAUCCUAGCCCGUAUGUCUUCCUAGUCAGAGCCAGUGAUUUGGCUGGCACCGGCCGGGUCAGCAGUCCUGCUAGUGUCAACAUAAGCCUUGUCGAUACCGAUGACAGUGGGCCAGUGUUUAGUCAGCCGUCCUACGCCGGUUCUGUAAUCGAGUCAGCGCUCAAUGCGACCAGCAUCUUGCAGGUUUCAACUAGCGAUGCUGAUCUUGGCAGCAACCGAGACGUCACCUAUCGCAUUAUUGAUGGAAACGUCAAUGGAGUGUUUGCUGUGAAUGCACUCACUGGAAUUAUUUCCAAAUCAGGACUCCUUGAUUUUGAGACUAUCAAUGAAUACUUGCUAACCAUAGAAGCUGUGGAUACUAACAACAUUCUGCUGACUGCCACGGUCAAUGUCACAAUCACUGUCACUGACUUCAAUGAUGAAAAGCCUACGUUCUACCCAAACAACGCUUACGCAAUGGCCAUUAGUGAAACCAACAACACGGAUAAGUUUAUCAUAACGGUCUUUGCCAAUGAUACAGAUUCAGCAGGCAGUGUCAAUGCACGGAUUUCGUACUCACUCAUUGACUCUUUCAAUGGAACGUUCAAGCUGGAUCCAGUCACCGGUGCCUUGCGCACUGCCAAAACAAUUGACUACGAGGCCUUGCCCAGCACUCAGAAGUUCUUUGUAGUGCGCCUGAAGGCCACCGAUCGGGGUGCGAUCAGUCUGGAGACAGAAGCUACAGUGACCGUGAGCAUCUUGGAUGUGAACGACAACUACCCUAUCUUUGCCCAUCCAGCGUACAGUGUCAGCAUUCACGAGAACCUCAUGCCUGGCAUGAGCGUUCUGACAGUGUCAGCUAGCGACAGAGACAGUGGGACGAACAGUCUGCUAGAGUUCUCUUUGGACUCGGCGGGAAACACGGGCGACACGUUCAACAUGGACAGCGCCACUGGCGAACUGAUGCUGAACAAGUCCCUCAACUUUGAGGCGACGAAAGUGUUUUCGUUGACUGCACGUGCAACUGACCAGGGCAACCCGCAGUACCACAGUGUGGUGGCUAUUACUAUCACUGUACUGGAUGUGAAUGACAACAGGCCCACAUUUGCUGUUGACACUUACUCAGCCGUACUGCCGGAGAGCACAGCUGCUGGCACGUCAAUUCUCACCGUGUACGCAACCGAUGCGGAUAGUGGCAACUUCAGUUCAAUAGCGUACAUCCUGCGUGACACCUUUGGCGGGCUCUUUGUUAUGGAUGCCGACACAGGUGAAUUGAGCUUGGGUGCAACGUUGGACUAUGAUGCGCCCCCAACAGCAUACACGCUGACCGCUGUGGCACAGGACCACAUGGGCCUUGGAUUUGGCUUUCAGGAGGGUACUGCCAACAUCAGCAUUACGGUGACCGACUCCAACGACCUACCGCCGCGCUUUACAAUGUCCCUGUACAGCAGUGAGAUAGCGGCGAAUUCAAGCACAGGCACAACUGUGUACUCGUUUGGACCAGUUGUGAGCGAUGCUGACACAGCUCCGAGCAACAAGCAGCUGUCCUACACUUUGCUACUGGCUGGGUCACUUGGCCGAUUCCAAAUAAACCCGCUCUCGGGGGAAGUGUACACGUUGGAUCAAUUGAAUCUUGAUAGCCGUGACUUUUACAAUCUCACAGUUGAGGUAACGGAUGGUGUGCAUACGGCCUCGGCCAACCUAGAGAUCUACAUUGACGUGCGCCCUGUCUUUAGCGACUCAGCUUACUCUGCCACCAUCCCUGAAGAUUAUGCUGUGGGCAGAACCAUAUUGAAUGUUUCAGCAACAGAGGAAUCAUGGGACACUGGCUUGGGAGCUUCUGUCAUAAUGUACUAUCUCACGAGCGGUAAUGACCUGGGCCUUUUUGCUCUCAGCGCUAAUAGCGGCGCUCUGACCGUUGCUAAGGCACUCAACUUUGAGCACAUGCAGCAGUUCACUCUGUACGCCCACGCCGUGGAUUCCGAUGGGCGCAGGUCCGAUCCCGCCCCUCUCACUAUCAGGAUAACCAAUGUGAACGAGUUUGCUCCAGUGUAUGGUCCCGUUGGAUUUCCCAGCGUUGUGUUUGUAGCUGCCACACCGGCCUCUCUUGCCACCUACUCAAUUGAUGUGCGUGAGGAUGCCCUGCACCCACGCAAGAUUGCGGAGGUAGCAGCUUCUGACAAUGACACUGCUGCCACUGCCAUCUCGCACUUCACCAUAGUUGCUGGCAAUGAAGAGGGCAAGUUCUACGUCCUGGGCAGUGACCUAUUCCUCAAUGCCUCGCUGGACUAUGAAAGAAGAAAGGUUUACAAUCUGACCAUUGCGGCAUCGGAUCGCAGUGCCACUAAUCCACUCGUUACACAUGCGUCCUUGUUUGUCAAUGUCCUGGAUGACAAUGACAACGCACCAGUCUUCACGCAGCCAGACUACCGGGCAUCUCUUCUGGAGGAAAUCAACGAAACACUCAUCACUAUCAUCAGUGCAACAGAUCGGGAUUCCACUAGCAAUGGAGAGAUUGUGUACAGCUUCAUCGGCAGCAGGUAUGGUGGCUUGUUCACCAUUGACAAUAAGACUGCUGUUGUUACCGUUGGUCGCUUGGACAGAGAGCUCAAUGCAGGGCCAUACACGCUUGUUGUGCAGGCUACUGAUGAAGCCAGUGGUGAUGAAAAAUCCAGCACUGCUGAUCUGAUUGUGUCUGUUGUGGACGCUAAUGAUAACAGUCCCCGGUUCUCCUCUUUCCCGACACAAGUCAUUGUUUUCUCCGAGCAGUCACCAGCUGGUCAUGUUUUGGCGCGUCUAUCAGCAACAGACCGUGAUGAGGGUGUCAACAGUAUUGUACUGUUCUCGAUUGCCAGUGUGGCUCCCCCGUCAGCAAUGUCUUACUUUGAAGUGAAUGAGACCACCGGUGUGCUGCAGCUGAUCCGCGCACUGGACUUUGAUCUGGUCGGUGCAGAGCACAGCUUCAACGUCACUGUACAGGCCACCGAUAGUGGGGCGGUGUCACUGAGCAGUUCAGGCAUCAUUCGCCUGCGGCUCAGCGACAGCAAUGACAACCGCCCUUUCUUCAACCAGUCCGUGUACACGCAAAGCAUCUGCGAGAACACAGGCGCAGGUACGAGCGUUCUUCAGGUUGCAGCCAGCGAUGCGGACAGCAGCCUGCACGAUGCAUUCACGUAUCAACUUGUGUCUGGUAACACCAAUGGAGCAUUCGAGCUGCACGAACUUAGUGGUUGGCUGGUCUUGACUGGUGCCCUGGACCGCGAGGUUCUAGACCAGUAUGUGAUGGUGGUGCGUGCACGGGGCACCAGCAAUGCCGACAGUACCAACGCCACCAUCAGCAUUCAGGUGCUUGAUGCCAAUGACGUCAAACCAACCUUCCAGAUGUCCACCUACAGUGUCCGCGUGAGCGAGAGUUCACCUGUCGGCUCUACUGUUCUGACUGUUGUGGCAACAGAGGGAGCCAGUGCCGACCUGCAGCAGUUUGGUAGUAUCACCUACGACCUAGGGAAUGGCACGGAUGCAUCGCUGGGUGACUUCAGCAUCGACUCGCUGUCGGGAAACAUCUCCGUUGCAAAGGGCAUUGACUUUGAAACAAAGCCUUCUUACGUGCUGACCGUGAUUGCGCAGGAUAACUUCGUGUCCAGUUCCGUGACGUGUGGCGGUGGGCAGCUAUCCAGCACUGCCACCGUGUCAAUUACCGUUGUGAAUGACAAUGACCAUGCGCCAGCAUUUGGGCUGGACUCGUACCAGUUCCGGGUGGCGGAGAACUCGCCAGCGCGCACCACUGUCGGAAGCGUGAAUGCAACGGACCUUGACGUUGGCGACACUGCUAAAAUUACGUUUGCCAUCGUCUCCGGUGCCGACAAUAGAUUCACUGUCAACCCCAACAGCGGGCUGAUAUCAAGCGCUGGAAGCCUCGACUAUGAGAUGCAGAAUGUAUACUCUCUCAACGUAUCUGCCAGUGAUAACAACAGCCCAGUGAAAGUGACCUAUGUCACUGUCACGGUCUUCAUCGACGAUCUCAACGACAAUGCGCCGUACUUCAUUGGCGCACCGUACAAAGAGGAAGUAUCAGAAGACACAGCGAUCAACACUACCGUCCUGGACAUGAACUCCACCGAUGGUGACAUUGACAGAGCUUACAAUCCGAUCUACAGCAUAUCGCUCACGUUGCCGCCCAUGUGCUCCGGUCUCUACGCUCUGGACGCAUCCACUGGCAGCUUCAGAGUAGCAGCCCAGCUGGACUUUGAGAACUUCUUUGUGCGCUCGUGCAGUUAUGUUGUGGUCGUGUCGGAUGGUGAGGGUUUGACCAGUGGUGGUGCUGAUACAGUCACAUUCAUCAUCACCAAUGCCAAUGACCAUGCGCCGAUUUUCAGCCCGGACUUUGCCGAUAGGAGCAUUCCAGAGGACUCCCGCGCCGGGCGCAGUGUGCUGACAGUUUUCGCCACCGACUCUGAUCCUGGAGACACACUGGGAUACGUGAUUAAUCCACCGCACAUGCGCUCCUACUUCCAGGUCAGCAACCUUACGGGCGUUGUCAGUGUGGCGGAUAAUGAUCUCUUUGACUACGAGAACGCAUCUGCCCGCGUGCUGAGCUUCGAAGUUGUGGCUACUGACAGUCAUGAUGAGCCAAAGGAGGAUAUCAUGAUGGUCACCAUCAAAAUUCUGGAUGUCAAUGACAACGAUCCGUAUUUCAUUCCAGUCGCAAACGACUCAGUAACGUUACCAGAGGACACACCAAAAGAUUCGGUCAUUGACACACUGGUCGGCGCUGAUCCAGACUCGGCUGCUCUGACCGUAAUCACCUAUAGCCUGCUGAAGAACAGUGAGGGAUUCACCUCUUAUGGCAUCUUCGACUUAGACGUAGACAGCGGUGACAUCAAACUGCUCCGUCGCUUGGACAGGGAAUUCCGACACAACUACACUCUACGUGUGCAGAUUUCUGAUGGCAUGGGUCGUACAGCCGUGAAGUUUGUGUUCGUGAUUACCACCGAUGUGAAUGAUCAUUCGCCAGUGUUCAGCAGUUCUGUCUACCGUGCUAGUGUCAGUGAAGAUGCCUCGCCAGACACAAGCAUCACCACGGUGUUUGCGUCGGAUAAGGACGUGACUGGCUUCUCAAUAACGUACGGUUUUGCACGUGGCAACGAGGACAGGCUGUUCGAUAUCAAUUCCACCACAGGCGUUGUGUCACGAUCCGAUGAAAACACGCUCGACUUUGAAAUGCAGUCAACGUACGUGGUAAUACUGGUGGCUGAAGACUCUGCCUCUAUUGGGGGACUUCGCAAUGGCACUGCAGAGUUGCUGAUCACCGUUCUAGAUGCCAAUGACAAUGCCCCUGUGUUUGUGGCUAUGCAGUAUAGUGUUGCCAUCUUGGAACAUGACUCGGGCGAUGUGGCCGCUCUGAAGGUGACGGCAACUGAUGACGACUCCGGCACUAACGCUCAGCUUGUGUACAGUAUCAUUGGCGGUAGCGGUGCGGACAAUUUCACCAUCAACAACGCGACUGGUGAUAUCGUCUCGCCGCCUGUUCUCGACUACGAGACUGAUCAUGAGCUCAAUUUGACAGUUCAAGUGUCAGACCUUGGCGUCCCGCCGCUCACUGACGAAACAACUGUUCUGGUAACUAUCCGUGACAAAAACGACAACAAGCCUGUUUUCGUCAACGAACCAUACACUGCAUCAAUCAGCGAGGCAGCUGCGAGUGGUGCUGUGGUCAUCAACACUAUUUCUGCAACCGAUGCUGACAGCACAACCAACCAAAAUAUUCUUUUCAGCAUAUUGACCGGUAAUGAAGAUGGCCACUUCCAGAUAGUUCCAGCAACUGGUGCCAUCAUAGUUAACGGAUCCGAUCUGAACAUCCUGACUAAACGUUUCUACAAGUUGACAAUUGAAGCUCGAGAUGGGGGAUCUCCAGCCCAGAGUUCGUUCGCAUUCGUUGAGAUUACCAUACUGGAUGCUAACAAUCACGUACCGGUGUUCUCUCAGAACGUCUACACUGCCAACAUCAGCGAACUCUCCAGCAAUGACUUGGUUGUGCUGACCGUAACGGCCACGGACCGCGAUGAAGCCGAGUCAGGCAACGUCACGUACAGUCUGACUGGCACUCGCUCAGCCGACUUCAGCAUAGACCCCGUCACUGGUGUUCUCACACUACGCAACGCCAGCAACCUAGACUACGAUGCCAAUGUCGCCGAUCGUGUUUACUCAUUUGACGUUGUGGCUGCUGACCAGGGCGUCUCGCCAGUACCCGUCGUGGCAGACAUCAUCAUCUUUCUGUUCAAUGAGAAUGACAACACACCGAUGUUUACCUCUCUGGUCACAGAGCUGACCAUUACAGAGAAAGAGCCAGUCAACUCCAACCUGACGCAGGUGCUGGCUACUGAUGCCGAUCCUGGCGAUAACGCUAAGCUACGCUAUGCCAUCGUAGCUGGUAAUGCAGAGAGGAAGUUUGAGAUGAAUCCUGUCACCGGAGAGCUUGUUUUGGUGGCCACUGUCGACUUCGAAGUCACCGCAUUCUACAACCUGACUGUCUCUGUGGCUGAUGCUGGAACUCCCGUGCGAAGCAGUAUGAAGUCGAUUCUCAUUACCAUUGCUGACUCCAACGAUCACGUUCCCAUGUUUGUUGGCACUCCGUAUCGGCAAAGCGUGGCAGAAAACACACCCGCUGGUACGUCGUUGUUCGAGGUCAACUCCACCGAUGUCGACACGCAGACUGACUACGGCAUUGUUCGCUACUCGUUUGACAGUUCAACUGAGAUGCGCUUUGGUAGGACAUUUGACAUCAAUGCCAUGACAGGUGUUGUGAGUCUGGCCAGCACUCUGGAUCGCGAGAACGUCUCAUUCUACUUGCUUACUAUCGUAGCCAGUGAUAACCAGUUCAACAACACACCGGCUGAUUCUACUCAGCUGUCCGCGACUACAUCUCUUAGCCUGACUAUUACCGAUAUCAAUGACAAUGCUCCCGAGUUCAGUGGUGCCUAUGCAGACAAGAGUAUUGCCGAGCACAGAGAGUUCAGCACAUUUGUGGCUGAAGUGGCCGCCACAGACAGGGACGUUGGCAACAAUUCUCGCAUCAAGUUCUCAGUCAGUGGCGGUGAUCAGAAGUUUAUUGUCAAUACCUACUUGAAUAGCAACGGAGUGUAUAUCGGUCGCGUCCUGACAGUGCCACCUCUGGACUAUGAAAAGAAGAGCGAGUUUGACCUGGUCAUCACUGCUACUGAUUCUGGUGACCCGGCACAGUCUACGAGUACAACCUUCAAGGUGUUCUUAAUCGAUAACAACGACAAUGCACCAGUGUUCAACCGCAGCUCCUACGCCGUUGACGUGUACGAGAACACGGUGAACGCAUCGUUUGUCAUCCAGGUGCACGCCCGGGACACGGACAGCGGACCUGCUGGCACUGUGCGAUACUCCAUCGCUGCUGACGACGGCAAGUUCGCAAUCGACUCGGUCACUGGCAUCAUUACUACCACUGCUAGCCCUCUUGAUCGUGAAAGUAAGGACAGCUACGCGCUGCAGGUCACAGCGUUUGACUUAUCAAAUCAGUCCUUUGCCACCACCACUACAGUUCAGGUCACUGUCCUGGAUCGCAACGAUGGGACUCCAGUCUUCAACUCCCUGGAGUACACCGUGGAUGUGCCAGAGACGCUGCUCCCUGGUGCCACGGUACUGCAGCUCUUUGCACAGGACGCGGAUAUUGUUGAGAACGGCAACUUCACCUUCAGCUUGGUGUCAGCGACUGGCGGAGGCUGGUUUGUCAUCGACCCGGACACUGGCAUGGUUUCCGUCUCAACUCAAACACCCGUCUCACCAUUCCCCCUGCCCCUGUGUAUCAACGACACACGACAGAGCAAGCGCUACAGUAUCACGGUCUUUGUUACGGACACCGGGUCCCCGCCGCUGGAAAGCAAUGCAACCUUGAUUGUGACUGUCAAUGAUAUCAAUGACUUCACACCGGAGUUUGAACGUCCGUCUUACAUCUCCCGACUGGACAAGAACGCGCCAAGUGGCACUGUUGUUGUCCCCUCGCUGUUUGCUACAGAUAAGGACAGGUGCGGUGGUAACUUGACAUACAAGCUGAUCAGCGGCAGUACAGACCUGUUCACUGUACAUCCGAUAACCGGACGCACCACGCUAGCACGCAACUUGCCCACCAACAACACCUACUUCCUGACAGUGGGUGCCGAGGACUCGCUCUCUCCGUUCACCAAGAUCAGGACCGGUACUGUGCGGCUCACGGUGCUAGUAGGCAGACUCCUACCGGUGGUGCUCACUGUCGCUGGACCUCAGUCCUUUGCUGUCCCCGAGCUUGGCCGUUCAGCUGCAUUAGAGUAUGUUCAUGACACGUGGGUGUACGAUGGCGGCUCUACCACCACCCAAGCCUCGGCCUCCUACAAUCUGUUGGACUUCACGGUAAUAAGCCGGGGCCAGACGUCAGCUGCUGCAGCUACCACUGUCGGUGCAAGUUUGGGCGAUCGUGACAUUUGGCCCGAGGUCCCAAUGGUUAGAGUCGGCAUACAUGUGCGCGGAGAUGCUCAUCGUAGCAACAAUCUCCUCAACUCUGCGGUGACCGUCACCAUCACACCAGCCUUCUCGGGCGCGUCAGCCGUUCAAUCCAUGUGCACGCCACAGACAUCAUCUGGUACUUGCCUGGACUCAAUCCGCCUGCCCAGCGCCUGGUUUAUAGCGGGCAGUGCUGAGCCGCUAUCUCGCAAUGCCACUGUAACCUAUCAGCUGACCACCAGCAGCGCUUCACCUCAGAGUCUUGGAACGGUCUUCAUCCACCGCACGCCCAAUCCGUGCACAGUUGCUUCUGGUGUUCUGGCGGUCUUCCCGUCUGCCAACAACUUACCCGGCGGACCUGAAGGAAGUCUGGCUGAGGUUAAGUUUUAUGGCAAUGCGGUCUUCCCUGUGUCCACAUUCACUAUUACCGUAUCCCUGGGUAGUAGCUUGACGUUCGUACGCAGCUCAAGCCAGGACUUCACUGUCUCCAGCACUGUAGAGCAAUCUAAGCUGGUCAUCAUUGGCCUAGUGAAAACACCCAGCACUGAUCCUAAGCCAGUCACAGGCCAGGAGUCACUCUUCAGCAUAUUCUUGCGUGUCAAGUCCGGCGUCACGCCAGCGGCUGGCUACUUGCCAGUGACGUACACUGUCAACUUCCUGUCCAACGCCAACAAAGAACGCAUCACAACACCCGAUGUUCUGUAUGCAUCUCGUGACGAACUUGGCAACUGCAAUGACACCAGUGGUCUGAUCUACGUCCUGCAGAAUGACCUCCUAUUCCUUGUCCCCUACACCAGCGAGUCAGUCAUCAUGAACUCUGCUGUCUGGGAUGACGUUACAGUCAGAUCUAGCCUGUUCGUGAGGGGUAUGUAUCGCAGUGGCACACGGACUGUGGAGACAUCUGGACUUGCCUGUGCUUCAAGCAACCCAUCCGCGCUACAGCUGACCGGCUGCUCAUCUGCGUUUGUGGAUGGUACCGAGAGUGCAGGUGCUAGCAUGGCACAGAUCACCAUCGCCAAGGCUGGUAAAACCAGCUCGGUGCCAUUCCGCGUCUGGUUUCCAGAUCAAAUAACCAUAUAUGUUGAAGACCCGGCUUUGGAUCGCAUCAGCAAGCUCUCUAAGCAAACUGGAACAACCUGCUUGCCGUCGUAUCAGAGCUCACCAGUACGCAUUGAAUGCUCGGUUGCACUUGAAGGCGGCACGAGUCGGCAGCAAAUUAUCAUAACCCGCCAUGUACGCUCUACUAUCCAGUCGUCUGACUCCAGCACAGCUGUACUAAAGUGGACAGGAGACUCACUACGUGUUGAAGGUGUUGCUGCUGGCAGCGCAAACUUGCAGCUAGUUGCUGGAAGCCGCACAGUAGCAACGAAGCUUGUGACGGUCGGUGCUUCCAUUGUCAACGCCACGGACAUUCACUUUGAACUAGUGACUGGCUUGAACAUGUCGCUAAUUGCCGGCGGUGUUGCUGGCAAGCCGUUCUACCAGACCACGCGCGUGACGGUUCAGAGGGAGGUUGGCUACGUAGGCGCACCUGCCACCGUUGUUGCCAGCGCUGUGCUGAGUGAUGGAUUCCAGCAGCACCUCUUGCCCAGUGAUGGGCUGACGAUGACGUCUCUGAACACCAGCGUAUUGAGUGUGCUGGGCAACAAGGUCACUCUGCACCAGUCAGGACGUGGACUGCUGCUGUCAGGUGCUUGGCGCGACAGCUGCACUAACCAGGAGUUGAUCUCGUCCAGUGCGUUGUACGACUUCUCGCUCGAUGAGCCCGAGAGCUUGCGCUUCACCUUUGGAAAGGCUGAGCUAGUUUCUCCAGGCGAUUCAUCUAUCUACGCUCCGACUGGUGACUUCACGGACAACACUUGGUACAAGGCAGAGUAUGUCUACCGCUCCGGUGCACUGGUCGUGGAUGUGACAAACGAUUCUCGCUUGCUCAUUGCAACCGACAGCAGCACAGUGCUACUCAAUGGAACAAAUGGCAUCUUGAGAACUGUAAACCCAGGCCAGAGCGGCACAGUCAAUGUCACCGCAUAUCUUUCCGAUCGUCCAACGAUUAGAUCCGCCCCACGCGUAGUGAAUGUCGGCACCACAACUGGCUACAACAUCAGCUUCCAUGUCUAUGCAAAUGGCUACACUAACACUCAGGCUGUGACACAGGUUCGUAGAUACCGCGACACCGGUGGCACAUACCAGCAGUACAAGGCCAGACUGACCUGUACGCUGUCUUCAAACUUUGGUGGUAGGACAUUUGAUGCUACAUCCGGUACCAGCUGGCUCCUUUCAGGAGACAGUUCAAUGUUCACCUUUGACUCGUCCAGUGUGCUCCUGACCAUCUCCAAGCAUGCAGAUACCACAAUUGGCUUCGCUGCUACCUUCAGACAAGGAAAUGCUACUCAGCAGCUCAUUGUGUCUCCAUCUUCCCCGGAAACAGAGCUGAUCAGACUCGAAGCACUGGUGCUAUCGCCCUCGUCUGCAAGCGCCACAGUGAGUGCCGUCAAAGGCCAGGUCGGAGCAACACUAUCAGUUACCGGCCAUUUUGGUGAUGGUACCCGGUACCCGAACUUGAUCUACAAUGGUGUGGCAAGCCUCCCGUUGCUCUCGCUGCAGUCCAACAACUCUGCUGCACUCAACGUCACCUCAAGCGGCCAGUUGAUAAUUCUGGACAACAGCCCUGUGCCGGUCAUCAUCACAGCCAGUAGCGCCCGACGGUCAGCAUUGAGUACGAUCACAGUCACGGCUAACCUGCAGGCCAGGGUAGCAGACGUUGAUCUUGGCCAGCAAGCAGGCGUGCCGCUGGCCCCUAUAGCAGUCGGACAGAAGCUCCUGGUGCCCGUGUACGUCAAUGUGGCCGGGUUCACUGUCGGUGCAGUCAAGUUGGAGGUUCACUACAAUGCCAGUGCUUUCACAGCUAAUACUGUGGCUGUCGGCAACAACUGGCCGGGUGGAUUGUUUGAAAGAGUGACUAACUCGCCUCCAGGCGUUGUAACCAUUGGUGGAGUUGUGUCCCCUGCUCGCCCAAGUCCUCCUCUCCUGCAACUGGCCGUGGUUGAGCUCACUGCAAACUCGCCUGGUCUCCACAGCCUCUCUCCCAGCCUAUUGCUUCUCAUUGAGCCGGGCAGUCAGCGCAAGCACAUUGGCGCGCCUGGGCCAAGGUCCUCGGAUGCUGGUAAGGUGCAAGUGUGGGUGCACGGUGCUGCACCUUCAACCGGUCGCAAGCGCCGAGAUUUGGACUUUGAGACGGUGAGUGCUGCCGAGGUGCAGCUGCAGUCUCGUCACCGCCGUGCUACUGGAGAUGUUCUAGGAGACACAGACAAUGAUGGAACAUUCGAUCUGUUCGAUGUCCAGUUUGUUCAGAACUACCUGCUCCAGAAGACGUUGCAGAACGCUAACCUGAUAGCGUCAUUGAAGGUUCCUUACAACAAUCUCACUGCACGCCAGCUGGCGGCAAUGGAUCCUGAUCUCAACGGCAAUAUCAACCCCGAGGACAGUCUGUACUUGCUCCGUGCCAACUUGAACCUCGUGCGCUUCAUCAACAAUGUGCUGGUGUUACCAUCGCAGGGCGUUGGCUCCAACUGCAGUCUGACUAUCAAUGCAAGCAUUUGGAAUGGAGAUUCAUCCGUGGCUAGCACGACAAGCACUGCUCUCUUAGUGGAGCUUGCCAAUAAACAGUCCUCCUUCCAAGGUCAAUUUGACAAUACAACACUGUUCUCUGGCACUCUGCUGACUCAGGUGUUCACUGGAACAAGAGCCCAGUCCAGUGGUUUUUGGCAGGCCAAUGAUUUUGGCAACGGUGUGUUUGGAAUUCGAACAGUCCCCUCCACAAUCGCCCAGUCCAGAAUUGGUUUGUCAUUUGUCUUGGUGACGUAUGAUGGUUUUGGCAACACAGAUGCGUCCAGACAAGCCGUGAUUGGUGGAUCGCUUGACGCUCCAUUCGAGUUCAGAGGUUUCGAUGCCAGUAUCACGGUAAACCAACCGCACAGUUCAUCAGUGCGUGUCUUCUCCCGGGCAGGCUACAACCCUCAGCAGUUGUUUGACAAUACCAUACCUACUGGUAUCUGCUUCAACUUCCACCAACCAGUGUUUGUGUACACGGUGGAUGGCAAGGUUGGCAUUCCACUGUUAGAUCAAGCACCCUUCCACUACAGUGCAAUCCAGGUGGAAAGCCUGCCAGUCGGCAGCCUUGUCAGCACAAUAUCUGCUACAGAUGGUGACAUCGGUAUUCCAAGUGGUCAGCUCAAAUUUGAUCUCAUCAAACAAUCAGUUGGAGGCGUAUUUGCUUUGAAUACGACUGCACAAAACACUGGCCUUUUGCUGUUGCUGAAGCCUCUUGAUUGGGAGUCCUUCCAGCCGCACAACCAAUACAUUGUUGAGAUCACCGCUACAGACCAAGGUCCACAUCUCUCAACACGACGGACGUCUACUGCAUCAGUUGUUGUGACCGUUACGCCAACGAAUGACUUCCCACCAGUUGUGACGGAUCCGGACAGCUACAACCGCACCAUCGAGGAAGACUAUCCCGUCAACAUGACCAUUAUGACUAUAGUGGCAACGGAUGGCGAUCGUAACAAUGUAGUUUCGCCUGGUUUGAAGGACAACGUUCUUACGUACAGCAUCGUCGCUGGAGACGAGGCAGACGCGCGCUUUGCCAUCAACCCAGUGACGGGAGCCUUGUAUGCACGCCGGCCGUUGGACCGCGAUACUAGUGGUUAUGAGUCGUAUGACCUGACGAUUAUGGUGAUAGAUGGUGGUGUUCUGCCUGGCCCGCUCAACACUACAGUACAUGCAUACAUCUACCUGGAAGAUGUCAAUGACAAUCCCCCGCGCUUUCCGGCGCCUGUUCAAACUGUUCUUGUCUCAGAAAACAGCAUGGUCGAGUCGUUGGUUAACACCCUGGUUGCCACCGAUGUCGACCGUGGUCUCAAUGCUUCCAUCGUGUACAGUGUGAUCAGCGAACGCAUCUUCACCAACCUCACUCACUCAAGCAUUGCCACUAGUAACGUGUUCAGCAUCGACCCAGACACGGGCAACAUCACAGUAAAUUCAACGCUGGACCGUGAGAGCUUUGUACGCGUGGUGGUGGAGUUUGCCGCCACAGAUGAAGGUACUCCGCCAAGGGGUUCUCUAGCUACCAUCACCUACAUCAUCUGUGACUAUAAUGACAACUACCCGCAGUUCACUCAGAGCAGUUACUUUGCCUACGUGGAAGAAAACUCACCGCGCACAACACCAGUCGCUGUCGUCGCGGCGACCGAUGCUGACCUUGGUUCAUCGUGCAGCACUCCCGGCCUGGCUAGCAACGACAACUUCAUGUUCCGCUUCUCGAUCGUGAGUGGAAAUGAGGGCAAUGUGUUUGCCAUUGAUGCUGUGACGGGCAACAUCACCGUGAACGGCUUGCUAGAUCGCGAGAAUAUCUCACUCUACACCCUUGGCUUGAGUGUCGUCGAUCUGGGCACGCCACCGCUGGAAACAAACUCGAGCAUCACCAUCAACGUGACGGACGGAAACGAUCACAAGCCCGUAUUCGCGGUCAGUACCUACAAUGUGUCCGUACCCGAAAACGCCGUCUCAUUCCCGCAGGGCGGUGCCGCAAAAUUCAAGUACUUGGCCACGUUCUAUGCCACCGACGUUGACAUCGGCGUGAACGGACGCGUUUACUAUGAAAUCACCGCCGGAGAUCCAACCAAGAGUUUCCGCAUUGAUCGCUUGAAUGGCAAUGUUACGGUUGUGAAGGACCUUGACCGCGAGACACAAGACUUCUAUGCACUAACAAUCACUGCAUUUGACGAGGGAGAGCCCCAGCAGUCAAGCAAUGCUACUCUGGAGAUCUACGUUCUCGAUGCAAAUGAAGCGCCUCCGAAUUUCACCCUACCAUCAUAUGUGUUGGAAGUACCAGAAUCGGUAUCUAAAAACACGGUCGUCUUCACAAUCCGGGCAACGGACACAGACAUUGGUGAGAAUGGCAGAGUUACGUUCAACAUCACAAGCACCAAUGACACAAUGCAGGUGUUCUCUCUGAACAGCACAACCGGUGAGAUCACAGCAGAAGCCAACUCGUACUGUCGUCUGGACAACAUCACCUAUUCGUUUGUCAUCCAGGCGUCGGAUAAUGGCAUCCAGCAGGCGCUGUCGUCCAGUACGGACCUGACUAUUACGGUGUAUGAUGUCAACAUGCACAAUCCGAACAUAUCACCGUCGCAGACUUUCAUCUACUCCAGCCCUGUCAACCAGUCUACCCUGGUCACCAUUGUCAAUUCCAGUGACAGUGAUAUCUGUGACCGUGGUGUCUCAUUCUCUCUGGCUGGCGACAAUGCUGCAGACUUUAUGCUGGACUCUAACACUGGCGCUCUCACAACUAGGAAUGCACUGCAGACAAGCCGGGUACGUGCGUACAAGCUUACAGUAACCAGCACAGAUUCUGGCUCAGACACCAAUGUCCGGUCUUCAUCAGCGAUCAUCAAUAUUGUUGUUGGUAAGCAUGUCUUUGGUUCGUUCUCCGUAACACAAGGCUUCUUGCAAGGAAGUGCAGCAUUUACAUCCAGCCCUGGCCAGUUCACACAAGACUUGACUUACUUCAGACCUGGCACUCUUUCAUCAGUGAAAGGCGAGUUCUCGACUGCCGUUGACACACGCAAUCUCCGUGUACGCUCAGCGCCUCCUACCAGCAUCCGUGCUGACCUGCUGAGCGGUGUGAAUGUAUGGUCUGACAUGAGGACUGUCCGCGUGGCAAUGCAGCUAGUUGACAGCGAUGGCAACCGUAUCACUGCUGCUGCUGCUGCUGUUCUGACAGUUGAAGUGCAGCACACCGAUGGUGCAGUGGCCAAUGCCUCCUGUAGCGCAUCAGCAUUGGAGUCGCUUUGCUCGGCAUCUGUCAUGCUUCCUGUGUCAUGGUUUUCCAACACGUCUGUCCAGUCUGUUCCUGCCAGUAUCCGUUGCAGUAGUCCGACUUUCAGCACACCUAGCACUUUGCUCAGCCAGUCCAUUAUCUUGCAACAGCAGCGGCCAGCACCCAGCAAUGCCGCAUUUGCCGUCUUCCCAACCCGGACGCUGGCGGCUGGUGAUUCCUUUGCAAUUGCUGUGUCCGGCAAUAACCAGUAUCAGCUGACGUACUUCCGAAUGCAAGUUAUUCUGCCGACCGUACUAAACCCUGUCUCCGUGUCGUUUGACAACACUACCUGGGCUGUGACAAUGCAGAGAGCUGGCACUAGUGUGCGGAUCACGGGCUUCAGUAAGAAGAACCCAACGUCCAUGCCAGCAAUGAACCCUCAGGCGCUUUUCUCACUUCAUGUUGCCCUUCUGCCGUCUGUAUCAGUUUCCUCGGCCAGCAUUAGUGUCAGUGUGGAUCGCUUUGAUAAUAGCUUUGCCACCCAUGUGUAUCAAGGACCGGCAGUGCACGUGGGGAGGGAUCCUUCAGCUACUUCAAGUGGAACAGUUCUGAUUGGCAGCAGACGUGUUGUUGCGCUGUACCCAUCCAGUGACCAGGCUGCCGACAUACUAGAUCUUUCAGCUCUCACCGCGGUGGCAACUAGUUUCUCAGUCAGGAAGACGUUUGUGUACAGCGACGGAACAUUUGCAGUUAGUCAGACGAGCGACAUCACUUGCGACGCAGAAGCCAGCCCAGGCGAUGCCCUGCAAGUUGCCAGUGAUUGCAGCGUUCAGCUGAUCACCACCUCAACUGCAACACUAUCCCAGCAGUGUGUGACGAUGUCUUACACCAACCCCACUGUAGCAGCACGCAGUGUAUGCUUCCGUGUAUCCAAGCCAUAUGCCUAUGCUAUUGCAGCAGCCGAUACCAAUCUGAAUGCGAUCAGCAACUUCUUUUCCCAGUCCUGCGGCACACAGCAGUACCAGAGCAGCGAGCUGACCCUGUGGGGCACUGUUGACACCGGGCGUGUGUCUCAUCGCGUGGAUCUCACCAGCUAUGCUGUUGGGCGCACUCUCUUCUCAGCAGCACCGUCCAGUGUGCUGAGUGUUGCUGGUAACACGAUGACCGGUGUGAGUCCAGGAACCGCCAGCAUUUCACUUCUGGGCAUCUCGGCGACUCUGUCUGUUCAAGUGUCCGCAUCAGCUGUCAAUGUGCUUACAUUGGAGUUGACUGACGCAUCUGCCGUUACAUUCACUGGCCUCCAACAGCAGGUGCAAGGUGCCGGUUUGGUUGUGGCCAAUCCCAACGGCUUCGAUGCCAAUCUUACAUCCGUGUUUACUGCUACUGCCAUGCUUGAGAAGUUACCGUUGGAGUUCCCAGGUCAGCAGCUACACACAGAAGUGGCCGCUGUGUUUGAUGAUGGCCAUCGCCGAAUCCUUCCCAGGGACCUAUCUCUCCAGCCAACCAUUGCCAGCAGUGGCUUAGCGAGAACUGGCUCCUCAUCCACAUCAUCUGGUAGCCUCACAGCUCAGUCGUCUGGCAUGUCAAAGUACUACUACACGUGGGUGCCGGGCUGCGGCAGCCAGAAUUUCUCAACCCCCAUGUCCAUGGUGAACAUUCAACUCACCGAGCCACGCGUGAUUGUUCAGGUCACAAACCAAGUGAUUGUUCGUGCUGACGACCUCGGUGCACCUAGACUGUUCACUACCACUGUUAUCAGAAUUGCCCAUGAGUACACUGAUGGCAACUCUAAACAGACAAUUCUCAGAAUCCCAAUUGCAGAUGCUAACUUCCAACUAGGCCCUAAUCUGGUUGAGUCGAGCAGGAGUGAAUUUGACCUUGACGUCGUUGCCAGUCCGGGCACAUUUGCUGGGCAAGUGAGUGUGGUAUUCUCCUUUGCCAACAUUAGCUCAGUGGGUAUUGCUAACAUCACUGUUGCAACAACAGAGUUGUCCAUGCAACUUCAUCCCUACCCAAGCUACCCAGGAUCGGAGGAGGUUAGUGUCAGUACCCUGGCUCGUAUCGGUGCAUCUAAUGUCAUUCAGUCUGCAGAGCUCUCCCUGUUUGAAGUUACGUCGUUUUUAAAUGCCAGUGGAGCAACUGUUGUUCAUCAGCGAUUUGAUGUGUCUGGGUCACCUGAAUAUCGUGUUACCGAUGGCAUCACAGCAAGUUCCUCGCCGCGCGGUACGACGGUUCUGAAUCCGAACACUCUGCCAUCCGCAUUUGACUUUACUUCUAACGCUACACUCGGAAUCCAGCCUUUCUACAAUGGCUUGCUGCGGCAGUCUCUACUUCUACCCGUCCUUGUCCAGACAACCAGUGUGCAUGUGGUGGCCAUCGAUGACUUCUCAUUGCUUGACGGAGGAUCAACUUGCCAGUCAUCUGUAGCAUGCCGGCUGCGACUGCGUUGUUCUCUCAGCGAUGGCCGUUUGAUUACCAACUACUUUGACAGUGCACUGGGCUUGACGAGUAGCAAGCUCUUCACCCUGACCAGCAGUGCACCAAGUGUUAUGACUGUUACCUCUACCGGCCUCGUCACAGCAUUGCUGAACACAGCCACGCCUGUGAUUAUCACUGCUAGCACGGUGACGAAUGGCGUGCGUGCCUCCGCCCUGGUCAGCCUGACGUCCAACAUUGCUCCCGUAACAUACGAUGUCGACAUCGGUCCUAUCAAUGGCCAGCCAUCGCCUGCCAGCCUUAGCACAGGUGCCUUGUGGAAUGUCCCGGUGCGCAUCAACAUGGACAAUAAGGUACUUGGUUCCGUCCAGAUUACGCUGGUGUAUAACGCUACACAACUGGAGGUGGUGUCUGUCAUGGCAGGUCGUGACUGGCCCGGAGGCGUUUUCUUCAGCAAGCUUCACACCCCUGAUGGCGAAGUACAGUUUGGAGGUGUGGCUGCAAAUCAAGUCACUUUGGGAGUGAUGGAAGUUGCCACUGUUGUGUUCAGAGUGCUGCGACCUGGAGUUUCGCAGAUCUCGGGCAGCGUUGAUCUACUGUCAGCCCCACCUGCCAACCUGCUGACUCCAGGACAGAUCUAUGCACAGUCUGUAGCGAUUGUUGCCGGUGACGUCGAAGUCAUACUGACUGGCACGCCGUUGACUAGCCAGCCCAGCAACUCACCAAUGUCAUCCUCCUUAACGAGACCACUAGCCUGCACAUCGCUGCCAUGUGUGUGCAGCUCUGGGACGGAGUAUGGUGACAUCAACGGCGACUGCGUGUUCAAUCUUGACGAUGUUGCUCUUGCCCAGCACCUCGUCCAACAGACUGCAAGCGCGGGCUCUCCUACAGAAGACCAACGCCUGUUCACUCAGCCGCGUCAAGCUAUUCUGGAUGCAAACCGGGAUGCAUCAAUCGAUAUGUCCGAUGUGGAGCUUCUAGCCAAGAUCAACUUCGGCCUGGCUCACUUUAUCACCAAACUGGACAUUAUCCCUGUUCAGGAUAACUUCCCACAGUGCCUGUUGGUGAUCAAUGCAACACUGAUUUCAGCUGGAGAUAUUGCACCACCGGCAUCCACUUCGCUGGUUAUCAACCUUGCAUCGUUUGACGGAGAGGUUCGCCGGUCGCUUGCGUCCAAGGACGUAGUGCUGGGUCGCUUCCAUGGCUUGUCACCAAACGGUGUUUACGUGGAGACGGCUGACAUGUCCGCUGGAAACUACCUUGCCCACAUCAAUGCGGAAUUCACCACAACAGGCAUGGGCUAUGUGUUGAUCAUGGCCACCCAGGACGGACGAGGAAUAUCGCACUUCAGCCGUGUCACCACCUACAUCGGGCACCGCUCCAGCUCCACAAGUUUCGGCCGAUUCCAGCCGCUGGACACGACACUCACUUUGCAGAGUCAGGCUGUGGUUGUGAAGAGUUUCGUCAACUUCGAGCCGCUAGCCAAUGUUGUGCAGAACUUGACCUCGGUGGCGUGUGCUAAUACAAAGCCUCCUGUCUUCCACCCCAACGCGUCCAUCAUCAGCUUUGCCGAGAACACCGCAACGGGUACAAUUUUGAUCCGCUUGAAUGCAACUGAUCCGGACAACUUCACUACCCCAGUCGGCUACCGUAUUCGUUCGGGUAACGAUGAUCUGAAAUUUGAGUUGAACAGCACCAGCGGGGAACUUGAGCUCAUCAGCACCCUGGAUCGGGAGACCGUUGACAGGUAUGUUCUGACGGUUGUUGCCUUUGACUACGGCAUCUUCAGCAGCCUGGAGGGUGUAGCUACCGUCACUGUCCACGUCCUGGACACCAACGACAACAGUCCGCUGUUCAACUCCAGCCAUUAUAUAUUCCCGUCGCAGGCUGAAGACAUCCCGGUUGGCACGCCGCUAGGUCAAGUGUUUGCCAGUGAUUCGGAUAUCGGUGACAAUGGACGAUUCCAGUUCAGCAUUGUUACUGGCGAUUCGGACGGCGUGUUCUAUCUGAACAGCACUACAGGUGUUCUCACUGUUGCCAAGUCUUUGGAUUUUGAGAAACAAGAGAACUUCACACUGAAGAUCAACACCACCGAUGCUGGCACACCUCCUAGAGGUGACCAGACGACCAUAACGUUCGCCGUCCUCCCCGUCAACGACCUCGCUCCCGCCUGCUUCCCUCUCGUUGUGUCAGAGAGAAUACGCGAAGACAUUGGUAACAACACUUUCAUCGCCAACAUGUCGGCAGUCGACCUGGAUGUUGGUGACUCGCUGCACAGCCAGGUGACGUUCCUUCUGGUCAACAACUCGGAGUCAUUCCGCUUCCGUUUGGAGCGUCUGGAUCAAUACAACUACCAGCUGAGAACGGCUGUUCCGGGGCCAUUCCCUCGUCAGAACUUUGCCUUGACAGUGGUUGCGUACAACACGCACAUGCCGGGCCUGAACUGUUCAAUCAUCGUCAAUGUCAACACACUCGAGCCAGAGUUCUUUGAUUUCUCGGUCACCGGGAGUGCUUUCCUACAAGGGACCGUGGUGCAAGUGCUGCAAGACAUGGAGUAUGCGCAGUCCGUUGGUUUCCUGCUUCCGGGCGACAGCAUGACACGCCAGGUGCAGGCAUCGCUCGGAUCGCGUGAUGAGAUGGUGCCCAUAUCGCUGUCACCGCCAAAGGUUGCUCACCUUAGUGGCGUGCUGCUCGAAGCAGAUACGUGGCCGGACAAUCCCGUCGCUACUGCAAUGGUGCAAGGAUACUCGGAGUACUACACCACCUUCAUAGAGUCACUUGCUGUUGAGCUGCAGGCAAGCCCAGUUGACAAUCCGCGUAUUGUGUUCCGUGGCAAUGUGGCUGCCAGGUCAUGUGUCCUGUCAAGCGCGACUUCAGGCCGCUGCAAGCUGUCUAUGGACUUGGCUAGCUCAUUGUUUAGUUCUUCAAGCACCACCAGUGAUCUCAACGUGUUUAUCGUGGAUGCUGCUACACAGGGCAACAAUUUCCGCACGGACAUCGGUCAGAUAAGAGUGAGAAAGACUCCGACCUACACUGUAUCCAACCCGUCUCUCUUUGCUGUGACUCCAUACCGAACCAUCUUACCGGGAGCCACGUUCAACUUGGAUGUCUUCGCCAAAGCGGACCAGGACAACUUGCUGGCGUUUGAUUUUGUUCUUGAAGUUAACAUAAGCUCUACCGUGCUGGCAUUUGGAACAAUCCAACCACUGCAAGGCAGCUUAAAUACUUGGCAGUGUUCACAGUCUCCUACGAAAACUGGCACUGGUAUAUCGAUCGGCUGCUUGAUUGAUGCAUCAACAUCCAGUGGACAAAAGCUACUAAGUACGUACGAGCCGCUCAUCUCCAUCCCUGUGACUCUGGGGCCAACUUCUGUCGAAACAGUUGUUGCCUUCAGUGGAAGCGUGACGCUGUUGGCUACAUUCGCAUCUCGUGAUGUGCUGUUCUCCGCACAGCCGGUGGAGUUUGUUGAUCGUGAUGGCUUGAACUCAGGCAAUGUCGGUAUCGUGCACAUGUUCAGCUCAGUAGUGAACACACUGGGUAUUUUCCCAGUAGCCAGUCAAGGUGAGAUGCUAAACGAGGGUGUGAUGAAUUCACUACCCUUCAGCGCUCCACUGGAAGUCAACGCUGUCAAUCAGGACGCACUCUGGGCUCCUUCCCCGACUGUGUCACCCAUCACAGCCGGCCUGGACUGCUUCUCUUCAGAUGUAACGGUGGCGGGUGUAACAGCAGAUUGCCGUGCUGUGACUCUGGACAUUGGCAAGCAGGUCAACCCUGGCCUGGCCACCAUCACAGUCAACUACCGGGCUAUUGCUGCCAGUGUCAACAUCACCAUAGCCGUCUGGACGCCAGCAGAGUUUGCGAUUGAGCUCUCGGACUAUGUGCUUAGCCCCAUCACCGGCUUCAAACGGGCAGGAAACUGUGCCAGCUUGCAGUACCAAGCAGCUCGUAUUUCGGUCCUGGCCACUCUCAUGCCGCCCACACCUCGCAUCCAACCGAUCAGGAAUGUUCACGUCCUUUCCAAGCUUCAUCCAUCACAGCUGGUCUUGGAAGAUGCGACGAUUGCCAACAUUAGUGACAACUUCCUUGUUGGCCUCGCACCCGGAAUGAGCAACCUGACCAUUGAGCGGAAUACCGGCACAACACGAGAAGCCAUAGCAACAGUGCCUUUUGUCACCGAGGGCCCUGCAAAGGCAGUGAAUGUCACACAGCUUCGCCUUGCAGUGUUCACCAGUCUGAACUUGCAGGUUGCCAAGAGUCUUCUAUCCACAUCUUCUGAGGCAACCACGGUUAGUGUCGAUAUUGCUGCUGACUUUUUCAGAGAAGACCAAUUCGGAUAUGUUGCAGCAUCUGCGGUAUUUGAAGAUGGUUCCAUUGCACAGCUUGAUCUUGCAAGCGGUGGCUUCAACUUGACUUCGUUGAGCACGGAUGUGGCCCGAGUUAGCGCAUCAGAUCGCUUCACAGUGCACAGCAGUGGCUCAGGUCAGCUACUGCACAUGCAGUGGAGACCAGAGCAUUGUCCAGGACAGGACCUGCUCAUCUCUGGUCAUGCCAGCAUUGACGUCAGGCUGCCCGAACCUGUCAUCAUUUCAACCACCCAGUUACCAAACACACGGCGUCUGGCAGCCCAGAACGGGUCAGCACUUGCUGCUGGCAUUGACUCGCAGAUUUCGCUCGCUGUUCAGUUGACAUUCCCCCGAGGAAACCAACAGGACAUGACUCUUGAUCCACGCACCAUCUAUAACACCAGCGAAGCCAAUGGUGUCUUCACGCUGACACAGACAGCAACAUCUGUGAUCAUUCGAUCAACCGGCACAGCAGGAAUUGGCAACUUGACCGUCGCUUUCAAGCAUUAUGGUAUUACGGAGACCAUCUCCAUAACUGUUGUGGAAGCAGUGUCACUUUCUCUCCGAAUCUCACCGUAUCCUUCGUUCCCCGGAUCUGACAAUAUGGAUGCCUCUAGCCUUGAUAUCAUUGGCAACACCGCCGGGAAGCAACAAAGUGGACAGCUCUGGACAACUAUGCACUUCACAGAUGGGCGUAACAUGGAUGUGUCAGAGCAUGACAGACUGCUUUAUGUCAUCAACGAUGGUGGCUUCUUAGGCACAAUUAACAGUGACCCCCCGGCCCGCUUCAGCACUUUGAAUCCAUCUGGGGCCGGUUUUGGAACCAUGAACGUCACGGCUGUCUACAAUAACCAUAUUAACGGCCAAGACGAACUGCUUGUGGAUGUUUCAAACAUUACACUUGCAGUCAGCGAGGUCACUCACAUAUCAAUAGUUUCAGCUCCUGGGCCCACACGAACAGUAACAGGGAACACAUUGCACGGCUUGCCGACGCAGGCUACGGCUAGUCUGGAUGCCGAUGUAAGGCUGUCGGAUGGCACGGAAUACUCUGGCGUCAAGAGAGGUAUCACGUUGAGAAACACAGUAAAUAUUACCAGCAGCGACGACAACGUCAUUCUUGUCAAUUCCUUGAAUGGGUACACACUUCUGAGGGGGAACCAUCACAGUGCAGUGGUGAUCACGGCGAGUUCACAGCUGGAUGGUGUUGUGGCUAAACCUGCCACACUAAAUCUGUACGCAAACCUGGAUCCGCAACCGGGUGACGUCGACAUUGGUAACCGGUUUGGAGCACCCCUGACAGCCACCAGUGCCACGGAAUUCUCGUUUGAUCUGUCUGUGAAUACGGGCAGUAGGGACUUGGGAGCUAUUACCAUUACAAUCUUCUAUGAUACAAGUCUGGUUAGCGUAGUCAGUGCUUCUACAGUGCCAGGUAUACUCCCUCGCCUCAAUGCACCCCCCGGUGAAGUUCUUGUGAACGGUGCCUUGCCACCUAACCAGAGAGGCAGUCGCCUACACCUGGGCACGUUCAAGUUUAAAAUGGUCAGUGGUGGCCUAGCCAAGUUCAGUGUCUUGAUAACCAUUAUGGGUGAGCAGGGCAAGGCAACACAAAUUGGUAGUCUUGCUGGCAUGAACUCUGUUGCCGCUGAUGUCUCAAUGCUGAUCAACUCGGCGACUGCUGGUCGCCGGCGUAGAAGUGUGACGCUCCUUGCGGAGAAACUGCGUGCUGCCAUGCCAAGCAAAACAGCUGCCCAUGAGCGCGCACGACGCCAGGCGUCGGGUCUGCCGCUGAGAGGCGAUGUGAACGACGAUGGGUCUGUGAAUGCGUUUGACAUUGACUUUACCAAGCAGUAUGUUGCCGACACAAACGCCGGCUUGUCACGCCCAGUAACGCCUACCGUACUGGUCGAGCUUGAUGCCAACAGCGAUGGUCGCAUCAACUCUGAGGAUGCCCUAUUCUUGAACAAAGUGCAACUGCAGUUCUCCUCCUAUAUCUACAGCGUUGUCAGUCAAACAGUGAAUGAGACUGCAGGUGGCUGUCAUUUGCAGUUUAACAUCACUCUCGACACAGGAACAUCAGACAAUGUUUUCCGCUUAGACUACUCGUUCGUUUUCCUCUUAAUUGGCAACGGAGACACGGCUACACGGGACAUGAUGUCAGCGUCCAUGCUUCAGCAAGGCUACACUACUCAAAGCGUUGCCGCUAACAAUGACCCGUCGAAGGCGACGAGUCGCAGUCCAUUCUAUGGCGCUGUGUGGGAAGCGGUCCCACUACCGGCAGCGUCGUCUGGCCGCCUUGGCGUGUUUACCAUCGAAGCAUUCACUGCUCUGAGCGCAGCUGAUGUUGCUGUCACUGUCCUGCAGAUGACAACUGACAACUUCUAUAAACAUGAUGAUCUUCAAAGGGAUGUGUCAUUACGUGGCUUUGACGCUUCUUCGCGUUUUGAUUUCAGUUCAGUACGGGAUGUUAAACUAAUCUCAGGACGUCAGAAUGCACGUCAGGUUCAACCAACCAGUGAAAAGUUUAACGUCGGAUCAUUGGGAUUCAAUCCGGUCACCUACUUCAACAACGUGCUGCGUUCAGACUUGUGCGCGUUUGGUCCAUCUCAUGACUUUGAGCUGAUCGUUCCAGAAGACUUCCCUGCCAACCAGUCACUGUUGAUCAUCAAUGCAACAUCUCUGCCGUUCCCAGGUGGUGAAGUGUAUCGGUUAACUGCUGGCGACAGUGACAUGAUGUUCAACCUUCCCGACCCAUCGCGCGGCGACCUGCAACUGAGCCAACAGCUUGACCGCGAAGCCAUGGACCUCUACUACUUGACGGUGCAGAUCACGCAGGCGUACGGUUCUACGGGCUAUGUGUGGUCCAGUCUGGCCAUGGUCACUGUCAACGUGACCGAUGUGAAUGACAACGACCCAGAGUUCAUCGGAGGCAACUCGUACAGCCUGCUGAUAUCCGAAGGUGUGCAGAUUCCUGCCGAGCUGAUCGACCUGAACGCCACAGAUAACGACACGGGUGUCAACGCUGAUAUUGGCUACUACAUCACAGGUGGCAAUGCCGCGGGAAGGUUUGCCAUCGAUCGAUACUCUGGUGUUAUCUCGGCCGUGAAGGGCUUGGACCGCGAGAGGACAGACAACUACACGCUAACAGUGGAGGCUCAUGACGGUGGCUCGCCCCAGCGCAAAGACAUAGCAACAGUAGUGAUCAUGAUCACCGAUGUCAAUGACAAUCCACCGCAAUUCGACCGCAAGGUUUACGAAACAACUGCACCGGAGGAUUUCCGCACUGGCAGCGUGUUCGGUGUCCUGCCGCAGAUUGUAAUCCACAUCACUGACGACGAUCUAGAUGACAAUGGGAACGUGACUAACGCCUUUGUGUCUCAGAGCGCCUAUAACAACACAUUUGGAAUUGAGGUGACCUACGACGAUGGCUCUGUCACGGCGCACAUUGUCGUGCUCAAGGACUUAGAUCGCGAGGCAGUGGCGCAGUAUCGCUUUGAGAUCACCGCCGUUGAUGGCGGCAACCCGACACUGAACAGCUCAGCUCUGGUCAUCAUCAACGUAACCGAUGUGAACGACAACCCGCCAACCUUCACCGACGUAUCCUACUCCUUCCACAUCCAGGAGGAUCUUCCUGUCGGAAGUGUUGUUGGCUUCGUUUUGGCAACGGACCGUGAUGUUGGUCGCAAUGCAAAGGUCACCUACUCGGUUCUCCACACAUCUCCCUUGCCAUCGCCGUUUGCUCUCGACACGCAGACUGGAAUUGUGACCACUGUUGGCACGCUGAGCAGAGACGUGGCCACCAGCUAUUCAAUCUCUCUCGGUGCACGGGACGACGGAGAUCCACAGCUCAACGGAACGUCGCUCGCAACCGUUCUGUUGCUGCAGCCACACAUCGUGGCCUUCAACACUGGGUCCAAGGGCUUCGCGCUCGGAAGCAACGCACGCCGUGUCUCAGCGAACUACUACACACAGGAGAUUGGCUUCUUUGCCAACGGUCGAUUUACGGAUGUUGCUGGGGUCAGCGCGAAUUUUGGCAGCCUUGCUACUGAGCCAGUGCCGCUCACAUCAGCACGAGAGGCAUGUAGCUUUAUCGAUGCCAAAGCCCUGGAAAGCGAUGUGGAGUACGAUACACGGUCCAUCACUGUCCUUCUGCAGGUAAGAGACUACAAGUUCUCCUCAAUAUGCUUGCCAACGACAGUCUACGCUCAGGUGGUGCCUUCAAGUAGUUUGCAAGCCAUUCAGGACUGGACCAAGACGUCUAGCUGCACACCGAACGCUGAACGCGGUAGCUGUCUUGUUCACAUUGAAAACAUCCCACGCGCCUGGUUCAACGGCACAGCUUCUGUGGGAAGCCGUCAGAUAAUGAUCAACUAUGGAUUUAGCCUGCCAAACACCGUACCUCCACUUACUGUUCCACUUCGUGCAGAAGCUGACUGGCUCGGUGAGCUGCAGAUUACCAAUAUCGUUGUGCAGCUGCCACGCAGACCUGUGUACCCGGGGAAACGUUUCCUCACGGAGGUGUAUGCGUUCUCCAACAAUGACACCGUCGACAGGGUCCGCUUCAGCUUCCAGGGCCGCCUGCCCCUGUCCUACAACAGAUCCGCUGUCAUCCUCGCACCGGGAUGGACAGACUGGGCAGAUCCAGACCCCAUCGCUUCACCACGAGGCAGCAACGUCAUAUCCCUGCAACUUGCCACAGGUGUGGACCAAACACACCCCAGAGGAAAGCCAAUCUUGGUCUGCACAAUUCCGUUGCUGGUUCCAGCCAGUCUCAACACCUCGCUUAACCUGCGUAUCGAUGGUCUAGCUUACAGGGUUCACACUCUGCAUGGACCAGCCCAGGGUGGUUCUGCAAUCAUCAACGCCCCUGCGGGUACUCGACUAUUCUUCUCCAAGUCUGGCCAGAGUCUUGAUGAUUUCGGAGAGGUGCUUGUUGCUCUGGACCACUACUCGCAGUUCUUCACCUCUCUGCAAGACUCGGAGCUGGUCAACACGGCCAUGCUGAACGGCAUACCCGUGGCAGCGCCGCUGCAUGUUUGGGCAUAUAUGGCAUCGCUCCAGUACGAGUCGUCGGCCAUUGUCUCGUCCACACGCCCCAGCGCCAUCUCUCCGGGCAGUGUGACUGGCCUGAGCUGCAAUGGAACAUCUGCAGCAGUAUCUGUCUCUGUCAACUGCUCUGCUGUGUCGUUGACGGGUGUUGUCGCACGGGGCAGUCCGCGCAUCGACAUUACAAUGACGCACAACGGCGUGCUGAUGGACCAAGAAUCGGUGCGUGUCUGGGCACCGUCCCUUCCCGUGCGCGUUGAGCUCAGUGACUCUGAACUCUCUGCUGUGGACAAGUGGAUGGCCGGCACCACCUGUAACGAGCAGCAAUACCAGCAGUCUCGCAUCACCGUUACAACCACGUUCUCCCUUGAAUCGUUGACCUCUCCCAUAAACUUCACUGUUGAUGUCACCCACCUUGUACAGAACAACUUCAUUGUCUCACCCAGUGGUGGAGCCACGGUGGCACAGUCCAUCCUGACCGGCAGAUCACCUGGCAGCGCAGCGUUGACGGUCAGUCAUGCUCACGGCAACGUGGGAACAGUCGCGUUCAAUGUGUCGUCCACGCCCAUCGAUGUACUGUUCCUGGACGUGGAACUAGUGUCAACACCGACUGUGUUCACCAUGCCCACGGCUGUGAGGAGCACCAGUCGACAGGUUGCCUCUUUGACUCUGCCCAGGUUUGUGACGUAUCGCCAGUCGAGGAUCGAUGUCACUGUAUCCGCUCUGUUCUCCGACGGUACUCGUAGUCAGCUGUCGCUCGUGCCAGGAUCCAGCACCUCUGCCACCAUACGGUCCUUCAACAACUCCAUCGUAGAAGUUCGCAUGGACCAGUUUGAUGGCUUCCCACACUUGCGAGCUACUGGCCAAACAGAUGGUGAUAUUGUUCAGGUGACAUGGAACUCUUGCGGAUUGAGUCUGAGUGCCACGGGCUCUUUCAACAUCUCUCUGAACCAGCAUCCGCCUGUGUUCGUCCUGGAUGACAGAUCAGUUGAAGUCAAGGAAAAUACCACUGUUGGUAGCACCCUUAUCCGCAUCAUCGCAAUUGAUAAUGAUGUGACCAAACUACAUUCCACCAUCGAGUAUGGCAUUGUGUCGGGCAACGAAAACCAGUUCUUCACUAUCAACUCAACCAGUGGAGAAAUCAGUCUUCUUCAACCACUGAACUUUGAAGCGAGAAAGGAGUUCUUGCUCGUCGUUGAAGCUACGGACAGCGAACAACGUUUGGCUCGUGACAGCUUGGGUUCUGGUAUGAGCAACGAGAGCAGUCCAGCAACUCAGCAGAUAUUGAUUCAAGUGGUGGAUGUGAACGACAAUGUCCCGCAGUGCAUACUGCAGAGACAGAAGAUAUUUGUGGACGGCCAGCUGGAGAACAUCCAAGAGCAACUAGGUAGCACGAACCCACUGGCCGUAGUAGCAGCCAGAGAUGCUGAUCUGCUGGAUGCCAACCGCCUUGAAUACAGCAUCAUUAGUGGCAACUAUCUGCAGACAUUUGUAGUCGACGGCUUUGGCAAUGUGCGCUUUGACCGAAUCCUGGGCAGUUCCCACUCCAAUUUCCCGUUGACUGUCCAGGCAGUGGACACUGCCCAACAAACCGUGUCCUGCCUGCUCGACAUCUUGAUCUUCCGAGACAUCAACCUUGUGUCGAUUCCCCUCAUGAACCGGCUGCCAGAGAACUUCGAUCGUGACAGCUUUGAGGCCAUGAUGACCACGUUCCUGAGUGAUGUGUUCGGACGGACGUAUGUGAGCCACAUCUAUAGGACAAACUACACCGGUGGAGAAUCUCCCAGGCUCAAUGUGAUCUUCUUUGUCGAAGAUGUCCAACACGUUACCAUCAUUACAGCCGUGGACAUUGUCGGUGCACUGAAGAACGAGACACAUUACGAACAGCGAACCACCCUCUCCAUGGAGUAUGGAUUUGGAGAGGACAUUCUCUUCUCGCAAGCAGCUGCUAUCUCCAGCCCAGUGACUGUUCCUGACACCCGUGCUACAGAUUCGCCAUCCACCGAUCUUCAGGACUGGGCGAUCGGCUUGAUUGCAGCCAUUGCUUUUGUAACAGUCAUUCUUCUGGUCUUCCUGCUGUAUGUGGGUCGCCAGUAUGUCAGGGAGAAGGAGAAGGAGCAAGAACGCCUGCUCAAUGAGGGAUACGGCUUGCGUGACCUCGGCGACUUUGAGGAGCAGCCGCACUUGCCAAUGGUGACUACUGGUGGUGUGGUUGACCCGACUUCAGGCGAGGCACGCAUCUUCAAGACCACUGUUGUCGAUGAAGUAGACGACCAGCCAUCUCCUGGGUACCAGCGCAAGCAUGUCAGCCGCAUCGUCGAGCAAACUGGCGUCCUUGGCACGGACUUGGACAGCAUGGAGACUAAAGCGCUGCCUCCAUCGCGUAUCCUUGCCUCUGGUCAAAUGCGCCAGCCAUCUCAGCGCAAGCCGUGGGAGGAACAGGAACAGAACCCGCUGUACUCGUCACACGAAUAUAUCAGUGACUUCAAUAACCCAUUGUUCGAUGCCCCACUGACGGACUAUGGUGCCACAACUACAGAUGAUGAUAUCGGUGAUGACGACGAUGCCCAGCCAGAUCAGGGAAGAUCGCGGCAAGAAGAGGAGGCCUACCAACGGUCUAGAAACAUGCGUGCCACUAGCAUCCAGUCGAUUAGAAAAGAAACGGAGCUAGCGGACGACUUUGCCAACUACCUGUCAGCAGACCCGGCUGGCGAGGACAGCAACAUUAAUGAGCUGGGCGCCGAUUCAGACGAACAGCUCCUCACUAGCUAACUCAUAGCAUCAUCCACUUGAACUAUGUUUUCCCGUGCAUUCUUGUACAUGUACGUGCAUGUGCACACGACUCCUGUAGCAGCCGCGUGCACAGCCUAUCACAACCAAUGACAACUUGCUUUAUUGCAGUGCUGCUAUCAGUUGAACGCCUCGACUCCCCCUCCCCGCCCAAUUCAGUCUACAUUGCGUCCUAGACUCAUACCCGAUUACAUUCUCUACUUCAAUUUUUCACUUGAAUUUCUUUCAGCUCGAAUCUGUUUACCUGUGAAUUUCAAGUGCUAGCACUCAUCCCUUUUUCCAUACUAGAUAUCAUUUAUAUUAUCUAUUUCUGUGUACUGGUGCAAUUGUAUCACACUUGUCUAAAUGGCUACAUGGCAUAUGCAUAAUUUCACUGGCUCAUGGAACUCAUUAUGCUGCUUCAAGCACGCCUAUAACAAAUGCAUAGAGCUACGACUGCCAUUCAAGCAGAGUUUGUCCAGACUGAUACUCAA